ACGAAUGAAUCAUCUGUUAUGAUCGGAUUGUACGAAAAAUUACUCUAUACUAUCUCAUAACUUUGAUCGACGUAGUCGUGAAAAGAUCGUAUAUUGGUUUACAUAAGUUUGAAAUUAAACAAAAUUUACGGUGUUGAUUGAAUUAAUCUAUACGGUUGUCCGUAUAAAGAGUUUUUAUUCAGUGAUUAUUAUAUUUAACGUAUCAACAAAAUUCGUGUUACAAAUAAUAAAUAAUUAUGCCUGUUACACCGGAAUCACUGCGUAAUAUUUCAACUGGUUUAAUUUUGUUGUGCAUCAUUGGUACGAUAUUGUCGUAUUAUGCUUAUAUUGUGGAAACAACAAAAGAAAAUAAUGAAUCUUAUGAAGCAUUAUGCGACAUUAAUGAGCAUAUAAGUUGUAGCAGAGUAUUAACGUCCGAAUAUGGUAAAGGAUUCGGAUUGAUACCAAAUAAUUCUGUACUAUACUUUCCAAACAGUUUAUAUGGUUUAGGAUUUUAUCUUUUAAUAACCGGAUUGAGUAUAUUGAACGAUCACUCCAGUGUCUUCACAAUAAUAUUCUUAGGAAUUUUAUCAAACAUUGCUUCCAUUUAUCUAGCUUAUAUUUUAUACUUAUUAAGAGAUAUCUGUAUUAUUUGCAUAAGCAGUUAUAUCAUUAAUGCUCUUAUCUUAAUACUGGCAUUUAAAAAGUUACGACUAUUAUCAGAAAUCAAAAAGAGCAAGCAAAAGGUUCAAUAAGUUAUUAUUAAUAUUAUAAUGAAAUCAAAAAUUAAGGAAAUACAAUUUUUUCUGUUUCAUAUAUAUAUAUAUAUAUUUUAUUAUUUUUACAUUUUAUUGAAUAUAUUUCAAAAUUGUUUUCUUC